CUAAGACACGGGACAAACCCAGGAGAGGCGCCGGGAGAGAUACGCCGACGGCACCCUCCCGAUGACCACUUUGUGUCGUCAUUAGGGGUCUGUCGAGGGCCAAUUUUUGUAGCCCCCUCUCCCGGCAGAUCACCCCCGCUGCUCUCGUUGGCGUACCCCAUCGACUUCUGGAAGAGGCCAUCGACAGUUUACACAAGCCUCGUUGUUCUGGACCUGGACGGCCUGAAUUCCAAAAGUUGUGCCCCUGGCUCUGGUUGGCCUGCAUCAACGUCAUCGUUACCGUACAUCGUUCUGUCUUGUCAGCGUCAGCAGGGUGCCAGCUCACACAAGCCUGAUCAUAGCUGCAGUAUCUCCGUCUGCGCCAUCAUCAUCGACAGCACAGAGGAAGGAUCUGCGACGCUGUGGAAUUUUCCUUCGUUGCCGAUCGAAUCGUCUUGAACUGAAUGAACACUGUGUUUCCUUCGAGAGCUGUAGGGACGGGGCUGGCUCACCUGGUGCUGGUGUUUCAGACACUCUUUGCUGUGGCAGUAACGGCAACGGCACUGGGUGGACCCUCGGGGGAACUAACUAACUCCACGCUCUACACCCUGUGCCGCAACUCGGAUUUGUAUGACCUGUUGGAUACGAUCGUCAACUACGAGGCCCGGUUCAACCACCGAUACCACUACGACUGGGUGUUUCUCAACGACAACCCCUUUGACGACAACUUCAAGCUCUUGGUGUCCAACGCGGUCUCCGGAACGGCCCGCUUUGGACUCAUCUCGGAGGAGAUGUGGGAGAUCCCGGAGUCUGUCGACAGACACGUCAUGGAAGCCAACAUCGCCCGUGUGAUGGCGGACCCAGAGGGCCCCUACCCAUACGCAGACUCGCUCAGCUACAGGAAGAUGUGUAGAUUCGAGUCCGGCUUCUUCCAAUGGCACCCCCUCUUGCUCGAAUACGACUACUUCUGGCGCGUUGAGCCCGGAGUCAAGCUGCAUUGCGACAUCCCCUACGACAUCUUCAGGCACAUGGUCGACAACAACUUCCGCUACGGGUUCACCAUUUCAAUGCUAGAGUACUCGAAGACCAUUCCGACACUCUUCAAUUCCCUGUGGGAGGUUUUGGACCGAUCCUGCCAGUUGGAGCUUUUGAACUCCGACGAAAACUACUCCAACUACAUUCUCAACGUAGACUCGAACUCGUACAGUCUUUGCCACUUCUGGACCAAUUUCGAAAUCGGGGACCUCAACACAUUCAGAUCCAAAGAAUACAGCUAUCUUUUCAACGAGCUCGACAAGUACAAUGGCUUUUUCUACGAGCGAUGGGGUGAUGCUCCCGUCCGUACGCUCAUCCUUUCCUUGAUCCUAAAAUACCCACAGAUAACAAGAUUCAAGGAUCUCGGCUAUCAGCACGAUCCGUAUCUCCAGUGUCCUCAGGAUCUCACCAUUAGAGCUGCCAACAGGUGUUCAUGCGAUACCAAGUUGGACAUCACCAACAAAUGGUUCAGUUGCUCUUGGUAUAACAAAAGACGUGACGGUGUCAGGAGGUUGAUUCCCAAGAAGCCCAGUCUCCAACUUGCAUUUGAUUUUGCACCAGCACUAGCACCAUCAUCAUCAUCAUCAUCAUCAUCAUCAUCACCAUGAUUAUUAGCAUAAACCUUGCAUAAACAUAUGUAUGUUCCUCAAAAGAGGAACUAUAGCAUCUCCCGAGGAGACCAAAAGCAUUACUAUUGAACUAGCAAAAGUUCCUGUGUCUGCAAAGCUCUUGCUUUCUCAUAUAUACCAAUUCAUAUUCUUUUUAGAUAAUAUCAAUAGUAUCUCUUACUAGACCGUAC